GGCGCCGGGGACUGGGUGCGCCGGGGUAGCCGAGAGGCGGGAGCAGCCGCGGGGUCCGGUCGCUGUCUGGGCUGCCCCAGUGGCUGUCGGCUCACUUCCGGGAACGCCUGGGAACCGCAGUAACCGCCUGAUAGCGGCGCUGCCAGCUGCCCGGCGCGGGCUGCGGAGCGGGUGAGCGCGCAGUCCAGGCCAAAGCCCUGGUACCCGCGCGGCGCGGGCCUCGGUCUGCGGCCAUGGGGGCGUCCGCGCGGCUGCUGCGAGCGGUGAUCAUGGGAGCCCCGGGCUCGGGCAAGGGCACCGUGUCAUCGCGCAUCACCACACACUUCCAGCUGAAGCACCUCUCCAGCGGGGACCUGCUCCGGGACAACAUGCUGCGGGGCACAGAAAUUGGCGUGUUAGCCAAGGCUUUCAUUGAUCAAGGGAAACUCAUCCCAGAUGAUGUCAUGACUCGGCUGGCCCUUCAUGAGCUGAAAAAUCUCACCCAGUAUAGCUGGCUGUUGGAUGGUUUUCCAAGGACCCUUGCACAGGCAGAAGCCCUAGAUAGAGCUUAUCAAAUCGACACAGUGAUUAACCUGAAUGUGCCCUUUGAGGUCAUUAAACAACGCCUUACUGCUCGCUGGAUUCAUCCCGCCAGUGGCCGAGUCUACAACAUUGAAUUCAACCCUCCCAAAACUGUGGGCAUUGAUGACCUGACUGGGGAGCCCCUCAUUCAGCGUGAGGAUGAUAAACCAGAGACGGUUAUCAAGAGACUAAAGGCUUAUGAAGACCAAACAAAGCCAGUCCUGGAAUAUUACCAGAAAAAAGGAGUGUUGGAAACAUUCUCCGGAACAGAAACUAAUAAGAUUUGGCCCUAUGUGUAUGCUUUCCUACAAACUAAAGUUCCACAAACAAGCCAGAAAGCUUCAGUUACUCCAUGAGGAGAAAUGUAUGUAACUAUUAAUAGUAAGAUGGGCAAACCUCCUACUCCUUCCAUUUAGAAGCUGCUUUUCCUAAGACUUCCAGUAUGUAUGAAUUCUUUGAAAAUUAUAUUACUUUUAUUUCUAUUGAUUUUAUUCUGGAUACUAAGGAUGUGCCAAAUGAGUCGGAUACUAAGAUUCAUGCUUUGAAAUCAUCUGGUAUUUUAUGCAGUUAUCCUCAAAAACAUCAGCGAUGUCUGAACUUUUCAAACAUCUGUUAGAGCAAAAUUAAAAGAGCAUUUGGUAGUAGUCUAACUUUUUGUUCAGUUAACAAGUGGUUGAUAAAGUUUCCAUAUUUUUCUGGAAAAGUUAAAAAAAAAGUUACAUGUCAUUUGGAGAAAAUAUGUAGUCAGAAAUUUUUGCAUAGAUUGAUGCCAAAAAAGACAUUUCUAGCAUUGUGGAACAUGGUGAGACACUAUAUAAAAUUCCAGAAAGAAAGCAACUGGAUUUACAGAUUUAUUGUGAGACACAAAUUCACUGCUGCCUUUACACUAAGAAAUGUAUAUGUUAACCAUAUAUGCUGUAUUUAUUUUGUUGUUAAGCAUACUUUUAGUUUACUCAGAAUUUUCAAUUUGCUAUAAAAAUGUAUCAAUUAGCAUAUAGAAAAAUAUUACUUUAAGAUGACUUGUUUCCUUUGAAAAUACGUAUGUACUGAGGGUUAUGAUUUAUGUCAGAAAUUGACAUAAGUGCUUUUACAAGCACCAAACUUGAAUGAAUUUUCAACAAAAUGUAAUUCAAGUCUAUGUUUUCAAAUGUGACUCAGGUUAAGAAAUGUGUUUUAGGAUCUACUUGCUGGUUUUUCUUUUUGAUCCAAAUGUAUGAUCUGCCCUGAUAAAUAACAAGUUAUAGUACCAUCUCCCCUGCCAAAAAAAAAAAAAGAAAAGAAAAGAAAAAAGAGAAAACCCGUGGCACUAUGUAAAUAAAGCCUUUGUCGUUAGUGAAUAGAUGAGGCAUGCCUGGGAAAUGCUCCCUUGACAUAAAUAGCAAUCAAUCAUAAUUAGUCAACAAGUGUACCAGUAAAAAGAAUUUACAUGAUAGGUUAUCAAGGACCAGGAAAGUGAGUGAGUUUCCUGAAGGAGUUCUUUGUUCCUGAUCAAAGAAAUCUGUACCUGUUAGCAUUCACUGCCACCAUAUUUUAAGGAGAAAGAACUCCAUUGGCAUCAUCUGAGCAGCCAUUUAAAAAUUGGAAUCUAAAGGAUGGUUGCUGAUGUACUGUGUGGUCUGGUAGAAGUGGGGAAAUAUGAGAGGUGGAGGAAAAAUUUGAUUAUGUCUUCCAUGGCAUAUUUACUCUUACUUUACUUGAUGCCAAGUCAAAUGAAACAAGCCCUCUUACAAGCUGUUACUGCCUUUAAAAAUCCGUUCCAUUUUUUUCCCAGGUACUUAAAAUACAAGUGCCAGUAAGUGGUUCUUAUGUAUUUUGGGGGAAAUUUUUUAUUUCCCUUUUCUUCUGAUAUUUAAAAAAUUCAUCGAUCUUUCAAGAUGAACCAAGGUUUUUUAAAAGAAUUAUAGUAAACACUUCAUUCUUUAUAAAAUUUUCUAUAAUGCCUUAUUUGGAUGUUAAUCUUAGGUGCUUUCUAAAAACUGUUGUGAAAUACCAAACUUACGGAUUAUCACUAGGUUAUCGGCAUACAUCAGUCUUUAUCAGAAUAAAAUGAAAUUUCAUAACUGUGGCUGUUUGUCCUUGGUCCUUCACAGGGCCUGCUCCAUCCCACCUUCCUUUCUGCUGCCUGAUGUCUCAAUGGCUUCUGAAUGACUGUUCUAAUAAAUGAUCUUAAAGCAGUC